AUGCCUUCUCCUCCGGAAGAAGCAACCCAACCCAAAACCGACUCGGGUUCGGGUCAAACCUCCGAACGCGAUACCAAUCAACAACCACCACCGCCUCCGCCGCAAUCUCAACCGCCUCCACCACAACCGCAACCGCAAACGUACCCUCCGGUUAUGGGCUUUCCAGGAUACAACCAACCUCCUCCUUACCCAAAUUAUCCAAACGCACCUUACAAUCACCACCAACAAUACGCCUACGCGCAAGCCCCACCCGCUUCCUAUUACGGAGCUCCUUACCCGCCGGGUCAUCAAAAUCCGGUUUACCAGAGACCCGCUCCGUCCGGUUUCUUCCGAGGGAUCUUAACCGGUUUAAUCGUUUUAGUCGUCCUCCUCUGUAUCUCCACCACCAUAACAUGGCUCGUCCUACGUCCUCAAGUUCCGGUUUUCUCCGUAAACAAUUUCUCAGUCUCCAAUUUCAACGUAACCGGACCGGUUUUCUCCGCCCAGUGGACGGCUAAUCUCACCGUGGAGAAUCCAAACACGAAAUUGAGAGGCUACUUCGAUCGGAUCCAGGGAUUUAUCUACCACCAAAACGCGAUCGCGGAAGAUGAAUCCUUGUCGAUGGCGUUUUUCCAACCGGUUUACGUGAAGACGAAGGAAUCGGUUUCGAUCGGAGAAACGUUCACGGCGGGAGAGAAGGCACAGCCGAAACUGCCGAGCUGGGUUGGGGAAGAGAUGAAGAAAGAGAGAGAUACCGGAACGGUGUCGUUUGAUCUGAGGAUGGCGGUUUGGGUCACUUUCAAGACCGACGGUUGGUCGGCGCGUGAGAGAGGGCUUAAGGUGUUUUGUGGGAAGUUGAAAGUUGCGUUUGAAGGAGCUUCUGGAAACGGUGCCGUUUUGUUGCCUAAGCCACUUCCAUGUGUGGUUUACGUUUGA